GUCUCACAAGCUCUCCAGGCUGGCUACCAUUUAAAAUCAGACUCUUUUUGUCUCUUGAUUGCUGCCUCCCGACCCAACUCCGAUGUGUUCCGCUAUCAGCGACCGGCAGUCUGCCAUCGCAGCCCCUGUCUGGGCUGAAAUUUGCGGAGAGUCCACCGCAGCGGCAGCGGGCAAGGUUAUAUAGGAAGAGAAAGAGCCCGGCAGCGCGCGAGGGAGCGAGCGAGCCGGAGCGAGGCAGCCGAGCGCAAGGCAGGGCGCACACGCACACCGCGCGCACCCGCUCGCGCGCAGACAGACCGCGGGGACAGCUUGGAAGUCACCGGGUUCCAUGGGCGAGAUGCUGCUGCUGGCGAGAUGUCUGCUGGUAGUCCUCGUCUCCUCGCUGCUCGUGUGCUCCGGGCUGGCGUGCGGGCCCGGUAGGGGAUUCGGGAAAAGGCGGCACCCCAAAAAGCUGACCCCUUUAGCCUACAAGCAGUUUAUCCCCAACGUGGCCGAGAAGACCCUGGGGGCCAGCGGCAGAUACGAAGGGAAGAUCUCCAGAAACUCCGAGCGAUUUAAGGAACUCACCCCCAAUUACAAUCCCGACAUCAUAUUUAAGGAUGAGGAAAACACUGGAGCAGACCGGCUGAUGACUCAGAGAUGUAAGGACAAAUUAAAUGCCCUGGCCAUUUCAGUGAUGAACCAGUGGCCUGGAGUGAAGCUGCGGGUGACGGAAGGCUGGGAUGAAGAUGGGCAUCACUCUGAGGAGUCGCUGCACUACGAGGGCCGCGCUGUGGACAUUACCACCUCUGACCGUGACCGCAGCAAGUACGGCAUGCUGGCCCGCUUGGCAGUGGAGGCCGGCUUCGACUGGGUCUACUACGAAUCCAAGGCACACAUCCACUGCUCCGUGAAAGCAGAGAACUCGGUGGCGGCCAAGUCGGGCGGCUGCUUCCCUGGUUCAGCCACCGUGCACCUGGAGCAGGGUGGCACCAAACUGGUGAAGGACCUGCGGCCCGGGGAUCGCGUGCUGGCGGCAGACGACCAGGGCCAGCUGCUCUACAGCGACUUCCUCACCUUCCUGGACAGCGACGACGGCGCCAAGAAGGUCUUCUACGUGAUUGAGACCCGGGAGCCGCGCGAGCGGCUGCUGCUCACCGCCGCACACCUGCUCUUCGUGGCGCCGCCGCACAACGAUUCCACCGCCGGGGAGCGCGAGGUCGCCGCGGGGGGCGCUCUGGGCCGCCGCGCGCUCUUCGCCAGCCGCGUGCGCCCGGGCCAGCGCGUGUACGUGGUGGCCGAGCGCGACGGGGACCGCAGGCUGCUGCCGGCUGCCGUGCACAGCGUGACGCUGCGCGAGGAGGCGGCGGGCGCGUACGCGCCGCUCACGGCGCAGGGCACCAUCCUCAUCAACCGGGUGCUCGCUUCAUGCUACGCCGUCAUCGAAGAGCACAGUUGGGCGCACCGCGCCUUCGCCCCCUUCCGCCUGGCGCACGCGCUGCUGGCCGCGCUUGGCCCGGCGCGUAUGGACCGCAGCGACGGCGACGGCGGGGGCGGUGGCAGUGUCCCCCAGCCCGCGCCAGCGUCGGCCGAGGGCAUCCACUGGUACUCGCGGCUGCUCUACCAGAUUGGCACCUGGCUGUUGGACAGCGAGGCCCUGCACCCUCUGGGCAUGGCGGUGGCGUCCAGCUGAAGCCGGGCCGGGAGGGCCGCGGGUGGGCGCGGGAACUGCAGCCAGGUGGAGCAAAACAACAGGAAAGCGCACGGAAUGAGACUUUCAUUAUAAUACAUAAUAAUAAUAAAGUAGGACACUCCAAAAUAGACUGUAAGGAAACAAAGACCCCGGGGAGUUCCGUUGUUGUGUUUAGUUUAUAUAUAUAUUUUUUGAAUUUUUGGUUAUUUUUUCUCAUCUCCUGGCUAUUUAUUUGGUAUGAAUAGAUGUUUUAAAUAAUAUGAACCGGACCUUCAAGAGCCUUAACUAGUUUGUGUCUUGGAUAAUUUAUUAUUAUCAUGUGAACUGUAUUCACGGGGGGAGAGAUUAUUUUGUGCAGCCAAGCGACCUGCUCAGAGUCUAUUUUUCUACAUGUCCCCGGGUCCCGAGAGUCGGGGAUGGUUCUGUGCUCGCCUGUCCUCUGCCGUGCUCCUGCUUCUCUGCCAGUGUAAACUAAAAUCACGCUUCAUGGGGGUCCACAAAUUAUAUUUUUAUACACAGAAUUGUAAAUUAGAUUUUUUUGAGAGAUCAAUACUUAACUGAAUGACAUUUCAUUUUUUGAAAUAGUGUAAAAUAUGAAAUAUAUUAUUUUAAUUUAACUAGUUUCCAAUGUUAACAGCCGUCUCCUGUACUGUCUUCGUGGUUUCACAUUUGCUUUCGUCAUCUUAAUUUGGGCCACGUUCUUGGAAGCCGAGACUGUUACACACUCACACAUACACUUUUUUUUUUUUUUUUUUUUGGACAAACUGGAAGAACUCUGUUAUUUUUAACUUCAAAGAGUUUAUUAGAAAAUAAUAUUUUUUAAAAGCGCACAUAGUGAUGAGUCCGUUGAGGAUGGAGCCUGUAGUUUGUACAGAGAAAAAGGAUGUUUUUGCAUUAAUAAAUUGAAACAUAACUGCUGUAAAUUUACUAAAAUGUAUUUUUGAAUAUUUUGUAAUAGUUUUAUAGAAAUAAAACGUGCCACGCACAGAUCGGUUAGUAUGAAAUAACUCAGAAA